AGAAGAUGGUGUAUCAGUUUAACAGUUUCGUAUAGCCAUAUACAGACUCUCAUUUUCAACCUCUCAAACCCAACAAGGGUAUCGAACACGCUGCGAAACUGUUACACCCUGUUGAUUCUGUUUCGGUUGUCGAGUUCUCCGUCUUGCAGUGAAUACCCAGCAACCCUGAAGCUGACUUGAACAGAAAACAUAUCUGGCCUGUCAUCGAAACCCUUAUCACUGACACUUGUUGAUUUAUUUGUUGAACUGAGCAAGAGAACUUUUAUUUCCGGUCAAAGAAAGCAGAUGAUACACGUUCUUCUAUUAUUAUUAUUACUAUUAUUAUUAUUUAACUUGAAGAUCAUCACCUGCUCUGCUGCAUGCAGAAUAUUAACAACUGUAGAGCUAUUUUUCCACUGAAUAUGGUAAAAACCCGGAAGAUUUAGCUUAGUAGCAACUAUGAAAUGCCGCAUUUUGCCUCUUAGAGUUAGUUUUGUUUAUAUUAUCAGUAAAGACGUAUUUUUGAGCAUUUCAUUUACUGCCUCUUAUCUUGGGACCACUUUACCAUCUACCCUUCUACAAGACCUGUGUUUUGAUGUACACCACACAACUGUAGGAAUCUACCCUGUCACCUUUGGUGUUCAGUGAGGCAACUCGCUUUCUUCGCCGCCCGGAGGUUUUAAAAAAAAAAAACUCUGUUCAAGUCUAUUUUUGUCCACAUUAUUUUCCCGAUGACUUUACUCUUCUCGCGCUGUCUUUACAUCGACAUGUCGACCAACCUUUCCCAAGUGGGGCAGUCGUUGUUGCUAUGACUGGGCACGUCGGCCACCAGAGAACGACAACCCAGCCUUACAACACACCUUAUCCGUGUGCAUGGGAUCGAGUAGCCUACCUUCUUUUAAUUGUUUUGUGUUCUAGUUCAGCCGUUCGUUGUGCGUUGACAAACGGUCACAUUUCAGCCGACAAGGCCCGCACCUGUGCUAGGACUGUCCCCACAGGUGUGACAAGCCUUCCUGUCCCCGCUCCACGAACAGUUUCGUCGCACAGGUGUGUCAGUGAGUUGUGAACUCCAGGCAGUAUAGUUGUGGCCGUGGUCUCCGGAGGUACCUGGCGCCUCACACGGUGGAUUAGCAACAGUGGAGACUGUGAUUAACUGUGAUCUGUCUUGGUUUUUAUCGCCUUCCGGUUUGGUGAGCCGUUUCGAGGACACGGGGCUUGCCAGGCACGAUGAUGGCAGCCUGUGCUACAGCAGGGUCUCCUGGGGACUGGAAAUUCGUUCGAAAUUUAGGCUCUGGGGCCUUUGGAACCGUCUACCUGGUCGAAAGAGGGUCAGAUCUGUUCGCCUUGAAGGAGAUCGAUCUUCAUCGAGCCCCAGAUAAGGAGAAGGAGGCAGCGGAGAAGGAGCGCGAGGCGCUGAAGCUGCUGGCACAUGAACACGUGGUCGGUUACGUGGACAGCGUGAUGGUCAAGGACUACCUCUGCAUCCUCACCGAGUACUGCCAGGGGGGUGACAUGGCGGUUUUCCUCCAGAACAUCAGUAAAGCGGUGCCGGAAAGCCUUCUGCUGUGCUGGCUCUACCAGAUGGCGUGCGCGCUGGAGUACAUGCACGGUGGCCAUCCAGUAAUCUUACACAGAGAUUUGAAGCCAAGCAACAUCUACCUGACCGCUAAAGGAGAUAUAAAACUGGGAGAUCUAGGAAUCGCCAGGAUCCUGACACACCCAAAAUCUCUUGCAACAACGUUUUGUGGUACACCAUGCUACAUGAGCCCGGAAGUGAUUCAAGAGAAGGCGUACGAUGCCAAGACAGAUAUUUGGAGCCUGGGCUGUGUCCUUGUCGAGAUGGCCACUGAGGAGAAAGCAUUCAAUGGAACAUCGCUGAUCACUCUGUUUCGAGUGAUAGUGAAUCAAGAGAUAAAGCCCCUUCCCCCCGAGGUGUACAGCCCGGGAUUGUCCGAGCUGGUGAGGAACAUGAUGAAGCUAAAUCCCGUCGACCGGCCAACGGCCUCCGAAAUCCUCGACACUCAGCUUCUGCAGGAGACAUUAGAAAAAAGAAAGACGCCUCAAGACUGGCUUACCCAUUACAAGUUCCUCGACUUCCUUGAUGGCCAAGGUACGGAAACCUGCGAUAGUCGGCCGAUAAGCCUGUCGUUGUUGUCUGGAACGAUACCAGACAAGUCUUUCGAGAACUUUUAUGAUAAGAGAAACAGAUCACCUACAGGAAGAAUCCAUUACGAUGCCACUGUGGUAGAUAAAGGCCAUCGAACUCUGAAACACAGCAAGAAGAACCUGGACGCAGUGUACAGAUACUCAGGUUCAUCGUCUUCCUCCUCCUGCUCUCCUCCUCUUCCUCGCCCUCCCUGAUGGCAACAGUUGUACAGAGUAUGACAUCAACACUCAGACCUGACCAGGUACCAAGCACUGCAGCUGACGCUGAUCUUGCAAAGCAGAUGGAAAUAUUGAAUAAUCUCGUUAGCGAAUCUGUAGGAGGGGACUCCUUUGUCUCAGCAAUGAGGACUGUGCGCUCAAGACAUAAUGCAUACCAAACAGUGCAAACGCUACGAGACCUGUUUAAAGACAACUAUGAAACCCUGAUACCUGCCCUCCUCCUCAUGCUCCUGAGCAAGAGUUUUCGACCUUCACAUUAAAAGUUUUCGACCUUCACAUUAAAGAAUCUCUUCAGCAUCUGCGUGUCCAGCAUAACCACAAUCCGUUUUGUUGGCCAUCAUGAGCUCCUCGUAUAAUCUUCGUGGCAUUGGCAUAGAUUGUGAUAUCUUCAACUGUAAUUUUAAACUGUUCAUUUCUUUUGCAUUGUACCAAUAUUUAAGUAGAUAUUUCUUAACUGUAUAACUACCAACAUAUAUUGUGUACAAUAAAUGUAUUUAUGAUAGUUUUAGGAACGGAAGUUAUAAUGCAGGUGUAGAACAUGUUUGUCCAUAGUGCCACCUCAGUUUUUAACUUUAAAGGUAAAGAUCACGAAACUGAUAGUUUUCUAGACACUAGCGGCGUCUGUAUAUUUUUUCGCACCUGUUUUGAACUGUUUUCUUCCCUGUGUUAUUAUUCCCGUCAUCGACAGUGCAGAAGGAUAAUCUGGCCACAGACAUACAUAUCACACAUACAUAUCAGUGUAUAAAGAACGAGCUCAGUGCCUACAAGUCAGUGUGUAGAGAGAAUAAUGUCUGGCCCUGUGUAUACAGGUCUGUGUGUAGAGAGAAUAAUGUCUGGCCCUGUGUAUACAGGUCUGUGUGUAGAGAUACCUAUGUCUGGGCCUGUGUAUACAGCUCUGUGUGUAGAGAGAAUAAUGUCCAGGACCUGUGCUGUGACAUGUGAAUGGGACUAGCAUAUGUCUAUGUUCUGAUGCUUACUUCAGGUGUUGACAACCUAAAUAUUCUCUACAUCAGAUCAGUUGUAGGGAAAUGUCUAUGUUCGCGUAUUCUCUGUCGACAUCAGCGAUAGAAGUGAACUAUGAAUGUGUUACCGAGAAAAUCAUUUAUCGUAUGCAUUAAGAAAUUUUGUGUGCCUUGGGUUAGAUCCCAGUGAUGACGAUUUUCAUCGUCUUGUAUGUAAUGUGUGUGAAUGAGUGCACAAGUAUGUAAAACGAAAAUGCUAUGGUACAAUGAAAAACAAUCUGGGCCCUCAGCAAUAUUGUUUGCAGGCAAACAUUUUCACCGUGUUGCUGUCUAUCCAGACUGCUUACAGCAAGCUGAAGUGUGUAAAAUGGUAUAGUACUGAACACAUAUGAACACAAGGACAACUGCUUGUUUCCUACUGUUGAUGGCAUCUGUCUCUGAUUAUUCUGGAGUCCCGGGUAGACAUGCAAGGAUGACUGCAAGUUGUGGUACAUCUUUAAACAAUAAAGUCCUUCUGGGACAUUCAUCUUUU